UUUAAUUGCUUUUUCUUUCGUUUUAAAUUCUCUCUCUUUCUUUAUUUCUUCAAUCUGAUUCUCUCUCAGUUGAGUUCUUAUAAAUUUAUACUCUCCUUGUUGCAUGGUAUAUUGAUAAGAUGGCUGUGGAACUUAUGAUGGGGUAUUCCGGCGAUAGUUUUGCAGGUAAAAUGCAAGAAAACGCCGUUAAAGAAGCUGCCACUGCCGGGAUCCAAAGCGUGGAAGAGGUUAUUAAGUUGAUCCAACAGAAUCACAUUCAUCAACAUAAACAACAAUUACAUCAGAAAUGCUACUCCGAAUCGGACGAUAUCAUGGCCGUUACAGAUGUCGCCGUUAACAACUUCAAGAAAGUCAUUUCUUUGCUCGGCAGAACCUCAAGAACGGGACAUGCACGGUUUCGCAGAGCCCCUGUUUCCUCUGGCUCUCCGCCUCAACAAGAAGAUCCAAAACCAGUUGCCCAGCAGCAGAAACAGCAAGUUCAAGAACCAGGAUCCUCUAAACCAGUAAUUAAUCCGCCUCAAAUAGAACAAGUUUCUGCCUUUAAGGUAUAUCAACCGACCCCGGUUCACCGGUUACCUCCUUUGCCCAACAAUCACAACCACCACCACCAUUUUCAUAACCAGCAACAGCAUCAGAAGACCCCUCUUUUAGUGACAAAGAACGGGUGUUUAGAGAGAAACGAAGCGGCUCCUUCUUCUAUUAAUUUCUCUAAUUCACCGUCCAUUUCUGCAGCUACUUCGUUUAUUUCUUCUUUAACAGGGGAAACUGAUAACACUAGCCUACAUCGAUCUGUGUCAUCCGGGUUCCAAUUCAUUGCACAACCCGGUUCAUCUUCUGGUAAACCUCCUUUAUCCUCAACUUCACUCAAAAGAAAGUGUAGUUCCAUGGAUGAUGCUGCUCUUAAAUGCGGUUCCUCUUCCGGUCGCUGCCAUUGUUCCAAGAAAAGAAAAUCAAGAGUUAAGAGAGUAAUUAGAGUCCCUGCAAUUAGUAGCAAGAUGGCUGAUAUUCCACCAGAUGAUUAUUCCUGGAGAAAAUAUGGUCAAAAGCCCAUCAAAGGCUCACCUCAUCCAAGAGGAUAUUACAAGUGCAGUAGCAUGAGAGGAUGCCCAGCUCGUAAGCAUGUGGAGAGAGCUCUGGAUGAUCCAAUGAUGCUCAUUGUAACUUACGAAGGUGAUCAUAAUCACUCACACUCCAUCGCUGAUGCAUCUGCGGUUCGAGUACUCGAAUCAUCUUGAUAAAUGUCAACUCAUCCAUCGGUCCAGAGAAGCAUCAGGAAAAAAGUAACGUUCGGUUCAAUCACAGCCGUUCAUAAUGAUCUGUGGAUUAAAGUCAACGGAAGAGAAAAAGCUGAGUGGGUUGAUUAAGAAAGAAGAUUGUUAUAGGAUUCCUAUGUUUUUGUCUUCUUUUUAGUUUUUUAAUCUCCAAAAAAAGGAAGAUUAGGAAAAGAGUAGAUAUUGUGGAUUUGGUGGGGAGUUGAAUCAUGCAGGCAGUGGGGAAGUUUUUUUUUUCUUUUUUUAAUGCUCUUAUACUCUCAUCUUUUAGAAUUGUUCAUUUAUUAAUAUAUAAACACAACUUUAUAUAAUUAUAUGGUGGUGGAUCUUAUGACCUUUGCCCA